GGCAGUGGGGGCUGCCCAGGGCGGGCACUGGCCCAGGGAGAUCGCCCCCCGCCCCCGCGGCAUCCGCUGAUCGCGGCGCUUCCCCCGCUUUGGCCCCAAAGCGGCGCCUUUAAGGCCGAGUUUAAGCGCAGGGCCCGCGAGUUCAGCUCGGCCCGGCCCGGGGGUCCCGCCGCUCGGGCCCGUCCAGGGGGCCCGGGGGUGGCGGGGGGACCCGGGCCGGUGCCGGGAGGGGUCCCGAAGGGGAUCCCGGGGCAUUCCCGGCAAUUCCCCCGGGCCCGCCCCCCGCGCUCCCUCGGCCACUUUCGCUUUCGCGUCUCCCGAACUGCGCCCAGCGGGGCCAGCGGAGCAGCGCGAUGGCUCCAGCGCUGGGGCUGGGGGCGCUCCUGGCGCUCCUGGGGGUCUUGGCGGUCUCGGGGGGGCAGCCGAAGGUUCUCCACUCCCUGCGUUUCCUGAGCGUGACCAUGUCAGAACCUGGCCUGGGGGUCCCCCAGUAUGUGGCUGUGGGGUACCUGGACGGGAUCCCCUUCCAGCGCUACGACAGCGAGCGGGGCCGGGCGGAGCCGCAGACGCCGUGGAUGGCGGCCGGAGCCGAGCCGGGAUAUUGGGAUGGACAGACCCAGAUCCACAGGGGGAACCAGCACGUGGCCAUCAGCAACGUGGAGACGCUGCGGGGCCGGUACAACCAGAGCGGGGGUCUCCACACGCUGCCGGGGGAGCGGGAGCAGUACCGGUGCCGGGUGGAGCACGCCGGAAUGCCGGAGCCCGGGAUCUUCGCCUGGGAGCCGGAAUCCAUCUGGAAUUCCACCCCAGUGCUGGUCACUGUGUCUGUUGGCAGUGCCAUCAUCAUCAUCAUCAUCAUCGGCCUCAUCGGAUUCAGUGUCUGGAAGCUCUGAUCCGGGAAGAGGGAGGGGAAUGGAUACAACAUGGCCACCAG